GCUAUUUUAAUCCAGUUUCUCUCUCGAAAACAUGCUCUUCCCCUCGCGCCGGGCUAUCUGGAUCCUUCGCCCACUUUGGAGGCAUCGGACCGCAAGGAAGGUUUUCCCUUUCAUUUCUUGGCAUGAUGUCUCUAACAGCUGGAACAGUACCUACACUCACAAUUUCAUUUAACAGAUUGCCAGAAAAAACAAAGAUCUUGCAGGCCCAGAGGCUCCAACUUACCAAGUCUGGUAUUGCAGUAACCUACACCAAAUUUCAGCCAUUUCAAAACAGACAACCCAUUUUGCAUGUUCAAAGGCUGCGCUCUACUGCAGUGAUCUGUGCUGCUGCCUUGAAUGCAAGAUGUGCAGCAGAGCAAACACAGACUGUCACACGCCAGUCAUCAACAAUCACUCUUGCUCCCAUCCAAGGAAAAGAGAAAUCACCAGAGCUUGAUGAUGGGGGUACUGGACUCCCACCUCGUGAUGAUGGCGGUGGUGGUGGUGGCGGUGGCGGCGGUGGAGGUCAUCCUUGGUCAGGUGGUUUCUUCUUUUUUGGUCUGCUUGCAUUCCUUGGCUUCCUGAAGGAUCAAGAGAGCGAGGGACCCUACAGGGAGGGUAGGAGGAGAUGAUUGAUCCAACCAAGAUAAUCUGCCGUUGCAACAUGUACGCAUUUCUUCUGCCAAAGAAGACAAUAGAAAAGAAGAAAAAGAGAGGGCGAUCAAAUUAUUUUAUUUCCUACAUUUUUAGGAUCUGUUAAUGCAGAAAAGUGCAUUGAAGACCCACUGAAUAUGCUAUCAGUAAAAAAAAAAGACCCAUUGAAUAGAGCUGCAAUAUAAAUGGUGAUGUUUUGGUUUGGGGGCAAAGGUCCAGCUUGAACUGAAAAUCCUUACAUGCAUUUAUUCUCUAAUGGGCCGUCUUAUUUGCGUUCUUUUGGUAACAAUGGGCUGUCUUGUUAUUGUACAUGGUGCAACAUCAAAUCUUGCCCUCCAAAUUAUAUAUGUAUUAUUUGUUUGAUAUUUUAUUUGGAUGUGAUAUUGGAUGCCUAAA